UUGGAGCUGACACACACACCCUUUCGGCUUUUCAAAUUCCGGUUUAGAGAAUAAAAAAGAUCGCAAAACAAAUUCAGAGUACACUAGCCAAAUUUCGAGCGCACUCCUCUGCAAGAUGACCUCCACCCUGGUACUGCUGAUCGCCAGCGUCGUGCACUUCGGGAUGCGCGGCAGCUGUCUCCUGGACAUCGAGCGCUUCCCGGUCAUCCCGGGCACCGUCUACGCGGGCCACAUCGCCUACUGCGCCAUCCUGCACUUCCUGCACGACAUGGAGGUCCUGCCGAGGCGCUACCGCCAGCGGAUGGGCUGGCUGGCCGCCUUCCUCGUCGAGCUGGUGCUGGGCGUGGCCGUCAUGGAGGUCCUGGCCCUGUGGCUCUGGUGCAGCGUGGAGCACAUCCUCCACCUGGCGCUGCAGCUCGUCCUGCGGCGCUACGCGGGCGUGUCCGCCGAUCUCUACCAGCGCUGGGAGUGGGCCAUCAUGGGUGGCCUGAUGACCACGCUGGCGACCCUGCUCUGGCUGAGUGCCUACGAGGCCACGGAGCCCCAGCCGCCGACGCGGACUGAGACUGCGAGUCCUUCCAGGGCCAAGGACAUUAGGACCAAGUCCAGGCGUCGCCUCCAGAGCGCAGUGCGCCCCAAGGAGGACCAGGAGGAGCGGAAGGACCCCGCUGGGCGACCAGAGGAUCCGGAGGAGCCAGAGGCCGUGGAGCUGCCAGAGGAGCGGCUGGAAGUCCUGGCCACCACCACCGAUUGCUAGCUGCCCCCUUGGAAUCUUGGACCCUUGGAGCCCAUCCCCAACUCUUUGAUGUCGCCACCCAUUCCCCAUGGAAACGGAGUCCACAGAGCGCCCUCGAUUAGACGGGCGAAUGAGGAAGGGCCGGCGAUCCUGCCAUGAAGGCAAAUGUAUUUAUUCCAGCCAGAUGGACUCGAAAAGCUCUAAAGACCGUGCCAAAGGAUACGGGGGCGGGCGGGGCAAAAUGAUGGACUGCAGUAAAAUGUCUAUGAAAAUUGA